ACCAUGUCUGAAGAAUAAAAAUUACUAACACAUAAAAUUUAAAAUUUAGCUAUAUAUUCCUGCACUUCUCUUUUGACUUUAUUAGCAUUUUUUUGUUUUUUGCAUUUUCUUAACCUUCCACCACCGCGCUUUUUUGUUACUUUGCAGUCACCAUGAAACUAGCUAACUUUUCUAUACUAUUUUUUUCUUCCUCUACCACUACUGUUACCAAGUUUAAGUUAUGCCACAGAGGCAGCUGAUGAAUUCUUUAUGAAUCAAGAUAAUGUUGAUUGUCAUGUACCAAAAUCAGACGUGGAUUUACUAGAGUUUCCAUUGAAUUUAGAAUACUUAGAAGCUGAAUUUUUCUUGUGGGCAGCUUUUGGCUGUGGGUUGGAUAGCUUUGCACCAAAUCUUGCUGCGGGCGGGCCACCACCGAUCGGUGCCAGAGUAGCCAAACUUAGCCCUCUCAUAAGAGAUGUUAUUGUGCAAUUUGGUUUCCAAGAAGUUGGUCAUUUGAGGGCGAUUAAGAAGACAAUAGCUGGAUUUCCAAGACCGUUGUUAAAUCUUAGCGCAGAAUCAUUUGGCACAGUGAUGAAUGAUGCAUUUGGACAUCCUCUAGAACCACCUUUCAAUCCCUAUGCUAAUGACAUUAACUUUCUUCUUGCAUCUUAUGUUGUUCCUUAUGUUGGGCUCACCGGAUAUGUUGGAGCAAAUCCUAAACUCUUGAGUCCUACUGCUAAAAAGUUAGUAGCGGGGUUAUUGGGAGUGGAAUCAGGUCAAGAUGCAGUUCUAAGGACGUUGCUUUACGAGAGAGCAACAGAGAAAGUGGAGCCUUACGGGAUAACAGUGGCUGAGUUCACGAGCCGGCUAUCAAAGCUAAGGAACAAGCUAGGACACCGAGGAUUGAAGGAUGAGGGCCUCAUUGUGAAACCAAAGGACGGGGCGGAAGCAAAGUUAAAAGGGAAUUUGUUGGCUGGAGACAGACACUCUCUUGCCUAUGACCGUACUCCUGAGGAAAUACUCCGGAUAGUGUAUGGAACGGGCAAGGAGAAUGAACCUGGCGGAUUUUAUCCCAAGGGAGGGGAUGGUCGGAUUGCCAAAUCUCAUCUUCGAAAGACUAAGAAAUGACAAGACUAAAAGCUAUGUUUCUCCAGUUAUGCCUGCGAGCAAAACGAUGCUUAAUUAAUACUACUGGAGAGAAGAUAGUCACAGGCGGUAGGAAAAAAUGAAGGAAAAAAGAAAAGAGAGGAAGAAGGAAUAACAUGAGCUUUUAAGAUAUAAUUAAGAAGAAGCACGUUGUUUUGUGCUUUAUGUUACUUUCUAGGUUUUAUUUUGAUGCAUUGUUCUUCAUAUCCAUUUAUUUGGUACAUUUAUUUUCUUUUCAGGGUUCUCUCUCUCUCUCUCUCUCUCUCUCUCUCCUCUUCAGUUAUUUGACGUACGAUUUUCUGUUUCUCUGUCUUGGGUAGCCUUUCAUAUUAGUAGGUGUAGUUUUAUUUUGUAGUUUCUUGUCUUUCGAUUCCUACUACUAUAUGAUG